AUGCCUUCUUCUUCUUCUUCCCCAACGAUCCACUCCCCAUUCUCAAUUUUCUCACUCCAAUCACUGCUUCUAUUCUCCUUUUCUCUCUCUCUAUCCAUCAGCGUGCAUGGAAACCAGUUCAAAUUGGAUGGCAGUGUGUUGGAGCUCGACGAUUCCAAUUUCGACGCCGCAAUUUCCAAAUUUGAUUACGUUUUCGUCGAUUUCUACGCUCCAUGGUGUGGCCACUGCAAUCGCCUCGCGCCGGAGUUGGAGAGAGCAGCUCCUGUUCUAGCUGGAUUGAGGCAGCCUAUAGUUGUGGCAAAAGUAGAUGCUGACAAACACAAAAAGCUUGCCUCUAAGCAUGAUGUUGAUGGAUAUCCUACUCUGAAGAUGUUUAUGCAUGGAGUUCCCACAGAAUACUAUGGACCGAGGAAAGCUGAUUUACUCGUUCAAUCUUUGGCAAAAUUUGUCGCACCAGAUGUUUCUGUACUCAGUUCUGACUCUGAUGUCAGAGACUUUGCUAAAGCAGCGGGUUCUGAUUUCCCGAUAUUCAUUGGCUUUGGCUUGAAUGAGUCGGUGAUAUUGGAUUCAGCUGUCAAGUAUAAGAAGAAAGCAUGGUUUUCUGUUGCUAAUGGUUUCUCUGAUGAAAUCAUGACCACAUAUGGUUUGAAUAAGGUUCCUGCUUUGCUUGCAAUUUAUCCGGCCUAUGAUGAACAGAGCAUCUUUUAUGGGCCAUUUGAAGAAAACUCCCUUGAAGAUUACAUAAAAAAGAGUUUGCUCCCACUUGUUUUUCCGAUAAGUCAAGGUUCAUUGAAGUUGCUGCAAGAUGACCAAAGGAAAGUUCUACUAACUAUCAUCGAGGACGAGACAGAGGAGAAAUCGAAGGGACUAUUAGAAGUUCUCAAGGCUGCUGCAUCUGCAAAUCCUGAUUUGGUGUUUGGUUAUGUUGGCUUGCAACAGUGGGAGGAUUUUGCUCAAUCAUUCGAAGUGGACAUGAAAACUGAGUUUCCGAGGAUGGUUGUAUGGGAUGGUAACGAGAAUUAUUAUCUGGUUACUGGUUCAGAAAAUGGAGACAAAGCAGACAUGGCCUCUCAAGUUUCAAGAUUCCUCGAGGGCUACAGAGAAGGAAGAGUAAUUCACAAAAGAAUCACUGGUCCAUCACUGAUGAGUCUCAUGGAUUCAAAGGUGGCAGUCAUACUUGUUCUCCUUCUUAUCUGUGUUGUGCUGGCUGUGGUGCUGAUUGUUUCAAUGGUGCAAGACGAACCUUUAACUGUUGGCACUCGGGAGAAGGUUGUCGAAGGAAGGAGCUCCGCCCUUCAGCAAGAAUCUGGAGAAUUACUUGGACCUUACAAGGAGGAUUGAUUUUUUUUGCUCCAACAAAAACUUGAAAUGGCUAGAUAAAUAUGUAUUAUUCUUUUUGUUUGGGGGGGCAGAAGGGUUCAUUUCUGAGGAACAAUGGCUCAUUGAAAUUCAAGCUCGCAGCAUACUUGAAAAUUUGUUUAGAAGUCAUUGUGUUGAUAUUAAAUAUAACUCUAAGAUAACCCAUAAAUAUACAUUACUUCAGUUAA